UGCACUUGGUCACAACAAAAGAACCUGCCCUAGAAAACGUAAGAUGGAGGCUGCAGCAAAAAAGAAUGCAACUGCACAAGCCAAGAAAGGGGCCAAGAAAGGGGCUGGGACAACUAGGACUCCAAAACCCAACAAGAUCCCUGCCAAGACAACAACACAGCCAGCAACAAGACUUCAGCCAAAGAGGAAGAGCAGUACACAAGUUGGAGGAAGCCAGGAGUCACAGACAUCAUCCAAGAGAGCUAGAUGCAGCAGCAGUGCCAGUCAACCACAACCAUCAAUAGCAACAGUCACUAGCCCAUCAAGGAGGUCCCUGAGGUUCAUGGCAAAAACACCACCUAGGGCCUGGAAGGCAUUGGGAUGAAGAACAUAGUAGAUUUUAGUGAUUCCAUCUGUUUUGUAAUGAAUCUGUCAAUGACCAAGGACUAAUGUCCCUGUGAUACUUUAGACACCCUACUUUAAGACUACUACUGUUAUGUUGAUCUCUUUUGUGUUGUUACCUUUUCAUGGUUAUAUUUAAGGCUUCUUUGGAUAUUGUUAUGGUUAAGAGAAGCUACUUUAAGACUUCUCCAUUAUCUAAUGAAUUACAUGAAUUUUCAGCA